AUGUUCUUAGGAUACGAUAGGAUAGUUUCAUUACUGUGUUUUCAGCUGAAUUCAUCUCAUAAAAGAAUAUUUUUAUCAAAUCAAUUUGUAUCAAUCACUGUUAUCACAAUUACAAUAUCUCAUGCAACCAAAAAUUGGAACAUUGUUACGGCGAAAAGAGGAGGAAUAGAUUUGAAAAGUGGGAAAGGACGAAAUAGGACAGACUACAUCGACAAAUCUAUCACAUAUUUGGUGACGAUUCGUUUCAACCAGAAAAGGGCAAUAAAUGUAAAUGAGCCGUAUUUUGUUGGCGUUAACAGUCCGAAAUAG